UCUUUACAUUUUCCAUCAUAUCUCUCUCUCAAACACAAAAAUUGUCAAAAGCAAUCUAACUUAACCUUAAACCCUUCCAUGUUCCUUUCUCUUUAUGGCAUUCUAUAACACUCUUCUCUCCUUUUUCCUCUCUCUCCUCCUUCUCCUCUCUCCUCAACUCUCUCUCUCCUCUUCUUCCAUCCAUGAACUUCUUCGUUCAAAAGGGUUACCAGCUGGUCUUUUACCAGAAGAGAUAAAAUCCUAUACUUUCUCAGAAAAUGGUCACUUAGAAGUGUUCCUUGAAUCACCUUGUUUAACAAAGUAUGAAAAUAGAGUCUACUUUGAACAAGUUAUCACUGCUAACCUCACCUAUGGAAGUCUCAUUGGUGUUGAAGGUUUACAACAAGAAGAGCUUUUUGUUUGGUUACCUGUUAAAGAUAUCAUUGUUGAUGAUCCUUCUUCUGGUUUGAUUCUCUUUGACAUUGGUCUUGCUUAUAAACAACUCUCUUUCUCUCUCUUUGAAGUUCCUCCUCAUUGUAAACCUCAAGAUGUGCUGAAGAAUCAUGUGAGGAAGGAGAGAGGAUUUGAGGCAGUGAGGUAGUAAAAGAUGCCAACUCAGUUUUCAGGCUUCAAUUAUUGUCUUUUUCAUUGUCAUAUGUUUAUAUACUUUUGGCAUUGCAAGUUUCAACUAUAGUCAAUAUGUGUAGGGGUUUAUUAGUGUAAAGGUUGAGGAGGUUGAUUAAGAACAUGUAAAGAUGUGGGUGGGGAGAGAAAUCAAAAACUCACUAAUUUAAUGUUUUUAAUUUUACAACUUUCUAAGUUUUGUUCAUUCACCAGCUAUUGGUCUUUCUGGCUUAUUCAUAUUACAAC